AUGGCUGUGAUUUACGUUGACGAGGAGAAGGGCAUUGAUGCCCAAGACACUGCCGGCACAGAGGCUGCCCCAUUCAAAAGUCUGCCAGAGGCCUUCUACCGCCAUGGCGCCGAGCUCGAGUACCAGGUCAAGAAGGCCGGCGAGGAGGAGUUCAAGCCCGCGGCCAAGGCUGCCCUGAAGAAGGCCGUCAACUACGUCGCCCAGCAGAAGAAGAAACUCGAAGCUGCCGCCAAGCGAGCCGAGAAGGAGGCCCAGGAGGAGGCUGCACGUGCUGCUGUUCUCGAGGAGGCUAAGAACAUCAAGAUCACCGACGACCCUGCCCUUCCCAAGCCCGUAUCGAUCCUCCUCGAUGAGACCGACCCCGCCAAAAUCGGAACCCUGCGAAAGAGCAAAGACGAGCCCAGCGAGGGCGUUGUCCGGGUCAGCGUCCAGGGCCGCGUCAACCGCGUGGCCAAGCAGGGUGGUCUCAUCUUCGUCACUAUCCGCCGUGGCCUGAACCUCAUGCAGUGUCUGCUGUCCGGACAACUCUCCAAGACCUACGACGCCCUGACCCUCAACCGAGAGACGGCAAUCGAGAUUAUUGGUGAGCUCUGGGAGGUCCCUAGCCAUGCUCACGCACCUCUCGACCGCGAGCUCCACGCCGACUACUUCCGAAUCAUCGCUGCCGCUCCCGGAGGAGAUGACGCCUUUACCAACCAGGUCCCUGUCGAUGGCGAUACCCAGACACUCCUCAACCUGCGCCACCUGACUCUGCGCCACGAGAAGCCCGCUGCCAUCAUGUUCGUCCGCGACGUCGUCGAAUCUGCUUUCCAUACUGUAUACAAGGAACUCAACUGCAGGAAGGUCAGCCCACCGGCCCUUGUCCAGACUCAGGUCGAGGGAGGUGCUACCCUGUUCAAGUUCGACUACUACGGCGAGACCUCCUACCUGACCCAGUCGAGUCAGUUGUACCUGGAGACUGUUCUCCCUGUUCUUGGUGAUGUGUACUGUAUCGAGAAGUCUUUCCGAGCCGAGAAGUCCCUUACCCGUCGCCACCUUUCCGAAUACACCCACAUCGAAGCCGAGCUCGACUUUAUUACCUUUGACGAUCUCCUGAGCCAUCUCGAGCAUGUCAUCUGCCGGGUUAUUGACCUGACACUUGAAGACCCCGUUGCCGCCGAGGCGAUUAAGAAGUACAACCCCGAUUUCGUCAAGCCUGCUCGCCCGUUCAUGCGCAUGCGCUACGCUGAUGCGAUCGAGUGGCUGCGCGAGAAGGGUAUCAAGAACGAAGAGGGCAACGACCACACCUUUGGAGAUGAUAUUGCCGAGGCCGCUGAGCGCAAGAUGACUGACGAGAUCAACCGCCCCAUCUUCCUCACCCACUUCCCUACCGAGAUCAAGUCCUUCUACAUGCAAAAGGCUGAGGAUGACAAGCGUGUGACGGAGUCGGUCGACUGCUUGAUGCCCGGUGUCGGCGAGAUCGUUGGUGGCAGCAUGAGAAUCUGGGAUUACGAGGAGCUCAUGGCGGGCUACAAGCGCGAGGGCAUUGAUCCCACGGGCUACUUCUGGUACACUGACCAGCGCAAGUACGGCUCUACGCCCCAUGGUGGCUACGGCCUCGGUGGAGAACGAUUCUUGGCCUGGCUGCUGAAGCUCUGGACAGUCCGCGAGGCAUGCUUAUACCCCCGUUUCAUGGGCAGAUGCACACCAUAA